GUCCUUUUCCGUCAAAAAGAAAAAUCUGCAACCCUUUUUUAACCCUCCACCACUCCCGACCACUCUCCACGGCCGCCAUGGCUACUUUCCGAUUGUGGUUUGAUUUGUAGAGAGAAAGAGAAACGGUUAUGGACCCCCAUAGCUUCAUAGCACGGGCGGAAGCGCAACGAUGGCUCGGCAUCGCCGAGAAGCUGCUCAUGGGCCAUGACCUCGUCGGCUCCAAGACAUUUGCGAUCCGAGCACGAGAUUCCGAUCCCAGACUCGAAGCUGCUGAACAGAUCCUAGCAAUUGCCGACACGCUUCUCGCCGCCGAAAAACGAGUCGUCGGAAACAACGGCGCUCAGCAGCCGGAUUACUACGCGAUUCUGCAGCUCGUCAGGUUCGUUCAGGAUACAGACCACAUCGCCUCGCAGUUCCGGCGGCUUGCCGUUACACUAAAUCCUCACCAAAACAGGUUUCCUUACUCCGAUCAAGCGUUUCAGCUUGUGAAUGAUGCUUGGGCUGUGUUAUCGAACCCUAUGCGGAAAUCUAUGUAUGAUUCGGAGCUUGAUUUUCCGCCGCAACAACAGAUGAACACUAUAGGGUUUAACCUCGAACAACAGCACCACCACCAGCAACAACAUCACCACCAGCAACAGCAGCAGAGUCAUCAGCAGCAUAAUUUUUUUUCGAUUAAUCACAUGGGGUCGAGUCAUGAGCAGGAUUUGCCUGAGCCACAACAGACAUUUCAAACUAGGGUUCAACAGAGUCAUCAACAGCAGCAAUUGCAGCAGCAUAAUUUUCUGUCACAACCGAGUCCGGUAAGGCAAGAGCAACUAUUUCAGCAUCGUGAACAGGAACAUCUGUUUCAGCCUCAAGCACAACCUUUUCAAGUUUCAUCUCCACCGCAUCAGCAAGCUAGACAACAACCACAACCUCCUCCGCCACAGGUACAGCCUUUUCAAGUUACAUCUCCACCACAUCAGCAAAGUAGACAGCAACUACAACCUCCUAAGCGUGAGCAGGAGCAACUGUUUCACCACCGGGAGCAGGAACAACUGUUUCAAUCUCAAGCACAACCUUUUCAAGUUGCAUCUCCACCCCGGCAGCAAACUCGACAACCAUCACAACCUCCUCCGCCACAGGUACAACCUUUUCAAGUUGCAUCUCCGCCCCGGCAGCAAACUCGACAACCAUCACAACCUCCUCCGUCACAGGUACAACCUUUUCAAGUUGCAUCUCCACCCCGGCAGCAAACUCGACAGCCAUCACAACCUCCUCCACCACAGGUACAACCUUUUCAAGUCACAUCUCCGCCACACCAGCAAACUCGACAACCACAACAACCUCCUCAACCGCAGGUACAACCUUUUCAAAUUACUUCUCCACCACAUCACCAAACUAGACAACCACAACAGCCUCAGCCUCCUCAGCCACAGGUACAACCUUUUCAAGUUACAUCACCUCAUCAGCAUCAGCAAAUCCGACAACCAUCACAACCUCCUCAGCCACAGCCACAGCCACAGCCACGUAUGCAAUCACCAAGUCCCCCUCCGCCUGCAGCAGCACCACAACCCCCUUUUUCUUGGACACAAGCACCACCACAGCAACAGCAGCCUCCCCCUUCACAGCCACAGCCACAACCUCAGCCUCCCCUUCCUCAAUCACGGCCUCAACCUAUACCUCAGCCUCAGCCUCAACCUAUACAUCAGCCUAAGCCUCAGCCACAGCCGCCACCUCCCCAAUCCCUUCCCCAGUCCCAAUCACCGCCUCCACCAGUCCAAUCCCGUCCCCAAUCACAACCACCACCUCCCCAACCCCGGCCUCAGCCACCUCCAGAGCCACAAAUGCAACAACAGCAACAGCAUUUGCAGCCUCAACCACAGCAACAACCCCAGCAGAAGCAAGAACAGCUCCAACCCCCACCCCAACCCCCACCCCCACCCCCACCCCAACAACAAGAGCAAGAGUCUCAAGUACAUAAUUCUGCUCCUAUGGAGCUUCCUUCUCAAGUCAACAGUGACAAUGGUGUAAUGGAAGAAGAAAUAGAAACAGAAGCUGAAGAAGAACCUGAUGAAACUGUAGACAAUUCCCCCACCUUUUGGACUUCAUGUCCUUUCUGUUACUACAUGUAUGAAUACCCAAAAGUUUAUGCCGAAUGUACCCUCCGUUGUGACCACUGUCAAAGGGCAUUUCAAGCUGUACGUAUCCCCCACCCACCACCCAUAACAGAAGGCCAAGAAGCAUAUUUCUGUUGUUGGGGUUACUUCCCAUUAGGUGUUUCCAUGUCACAUCUAGAUAAAAACAACACCCAAAGUAACAAAAAAUCUUGGACACCCUUUUCACCUAUGUAUAAUCCCUCAACUAAUAUCCAAAACCAAAAACAGAACCAUUUAAAUGGUAAAGCGGCCCCGAAGGAGAAUACUUUUGUUAACAAAAGUUCGGGGCCGCGUAUCCAACUUGAUGCUAUUGAUGAUAUUACAGAUGAUGUGUUCAUGGAAGUCUCUAAACAAAGUUCUGAUUCCGAUUCCGAUUCCGGUUCUGGUUCUGGUUCUGAUUCUGAUUCCAAUGCCAGGAAAAAGAUGAAGAAAGAUCCGGAAUUGGAAUUCGAAAACAGGGUGCAAGAUGUUGGUAUUAGUGCACGGGAAGCUAAAAAUGAAAUCUUGAAGAAUCUUGGAAAUGGGAUGGGAGUUGAAGAGAGUGGGAAUCCAAGAAGGGAAUCGGGUAGGGUUGGAAAGGAAUUGGGGAAGUUGGAUUUGAAUGUGGAAUUCAACAAUAAUGAAGGGCAUGGACAUGGGCAAGGAGAGGAUAAUAAUGUUGAAGGGAAUGGAUUCUUUGAAGGACUUGAUGAGUUUUUAAGCAGUUUGCCAAUACUUUCUGUUGUGAAUGAAGAAAAGGUUAAAGCUGCUUAGUGAUCAAAUCAAGUAAGUUUUAUCCUUUUCUUGUUGUAGUUUGUAGUUUGUAGUUUGUAGUUGUAGUAGUUGUUUUUUUUUUAAAUAAUGAACUAUGUAGUGUAGUGGUGUAGUUGCUUUGUCUUUGUUUAUUGUUAGUCUCAUUUUGUGUUGUAUAUCUGAUUGCAAAAUGUGUUUUUCAGCCUUUUUGCUAUUUUGAUAGUCGGAAAUCGUCCACCUUUCUUUUUA